ACCCGAGCGCCCACCUCACAGUAUUUGCAAACAAAUUGGCAGCAGGUACAGACAAAGUAUUGAAGAGUUAACACCGACUCGUCCUCUCUGAGCGGCUCACAGCGUAUACCGAACCAGCAUAUUAGAUAAAUUAGAUGUUUCCAAUCGGUUUGGAUUCGAAUAAAAUUUAAAGAAGAAUUUUAAAGUGACGUGAACAAGUGUAGCCUACCAGCGACCGCGGAAAGUGACUUGUUUAGCUAACUUUAGCCGGCUGACCACAUCUAGUCCUCUGGUUACAACACAUUAACAGGCAGCGACAAUGACAAAGGACGAGUGGACCGUGGAGCUCCAGGGAGAAGACUUUUAGAUCAUUUAGUUAGUUCAUGUAUUUAGUCUAACUAGUUAAUGUUUGUGUGAACUUUGCCGCAUCAGCGAGUAACCUAAGCCCCAGUUGACAAGGUGAAGGACGGUCACCGGCAGUAUGUUUCCGCUAGACUCGCCGUGGAACAUCUCCUUUGCAGGUUGUGGCUUCUUGGGUAUCUACCACGUCGGCGUUGCCAGCUGUCUGCUGGAGCAGGCUCCUUUUCUUGUGGCCAACGCUAGGCACAUCUAUGGGGCGUCUGCCGGAGCUCUCACUGCCACUGCUUUGGUCAGUGGAGUGUGUCUUGGAGAAGCUGGUGCAAAUAUUAUCGGGGUGGCCAAAGAGGCGAGAAAGCGCUUCCUCGGACCCAUGCAUCCCUCUUUUAACCUGGUCAAGAUCGUGCGCCACAUGCUGCAUCACACCCUGCCACCUGAUGCCCACCACCGGGCCACGGGGCGGCUAGGAAUCUCCCUAACCCGCGUGACAGACGGAGAAAAUGUCCUGGUGUCAAACUUCAGCAGCAAGGACGAGAUAGUCCAGGCAUGUGUAUGCAGCACCUUCAUUCCUGUGUAUUGCGGCUUUAUUCCUCCUGUAUUGCAGGGUGUGCGAUACGUUGAUGGGGGAAUCUCUGACAACCUGCCUCAGUACGAGCUGAAAAAUACUAUCACUGUGUCACCAUUCUCUGGAGAAAGCGACAUCUGUCCCCGAGACACUUCAACCAACAUGCAUGAGCUGCGUUUCACCAACACCAGCAUCCAGUUCACCCUCACCAACCUCUACAGGGUGUCCAGGGCACUUUUCCCCCCAGACCCAAUGGUAAUGAAGGCCAUGUGUAAACAGGGGUAUAAAGAUGCUCUUCACUUUUUAAAGAAGAAUGGAUUGCUUAAUUUCUAUGGACCUCAAAGACACAGAGCUCUGCUGGCCAAUGCGGCAGAAAAUGAUGAUUAUGAUGAUGAUGAGGAGGAGGAGGAGGAGGAUGUUAUAAAUGCACAUGAAGAAGAGGAAAAGCCAAAUGUAGAGGACGGAGCUGUGCUGGUUCAAUCCAGUUCCUCAGUGGAGGAACAUAAUAUCUUUGAACACCUUCCACCCACUCUACACAGAGCUCUAGCGGAGGCUUGCAAGGAGAGGAGGAGCCUGGCACAGUCGCUAAGCAACCUGCUCCCUGUCAGGAUGGCCUCAACUCUGAUGCUCCCCUAUACUCUUCCUGUGGAGUCUGCCAUGUCCAUAAGUGUCAGACUUCUGGAAUGGCUGCCAGACGUGCAGGAAGAUAUGAUUUGGAUUCGAGAGCAGAUGGGCAAAAUGCUAAAUCAUGUUCUACGUCAAGCCUCCAAAAGCAUAACCCAUGUAUCUGCUCGGUUUUCCUGUCAGCUGGAGCUACACCACUAUCAGUCCCUCCCAUCUCAGCUCAGUUCUGCCAACCUUUUUCCCACAUGGGUGAAUGAAAGCAGCUCCUCCUUCCUGGAUGUGAUCAUGCGUCUGGACCAGUACCAGAGGCAGCUGCUGCCUGGGGUCUUGUGUAUCAAUAUGGACCUGCAAGGCUCCUUCAAAACUGGACCACUGACACCAGACAAGAGUCCUGCGUCUGUUCUGUCCACAGAGGGCGCGACAUUGCAAGGACACUGCCUUAACACUCCACCUGGCCCUGACUCUGGAGAGGCCGUCAACUUUUAUUAGGAGCUGAUGAUGGUUGUCUGCUGCAGAUGCUGCAGCACUUGAAUAUCAGAGGUACUGACCGUAGACUCAGGCACAUUUUAAAAGAACUUCAAUCAAUUUAUGACAUCUCUUUACAUCCUUACAUUUUUGUCUUUUUGAAGCUGCCUGAAAGACAUUUGUAUUUUAGUCAACCGCUCCAUACUACACAUGAUGUGUAAAUGGUAAUAAUUUACCUUUUUUAUUUCUUUUUCUGAAAUAUUUUUCUUGGCCAAUGCACAGUGACAAAAUAAGUGUUUUGACACAGUCAGGCUGUGUAGCAAGCCCUUAAUCACAACACAGUAUGAAUGUGUUGAUCACAGUCACAAAUAGAGGCAGACUUGCCACUCAAAAUUAUCACAUGUACACAAACAGCUGUGUACAGACUUGAAAUACAUGACAUUACAGACAAAAAUGUGCACUUGAACUGGCAGGUUUUGAAAAGGCAAGUGUUUAUAGAUUUGUGGAAUGUAGUCAGACCAGUGGUUAAGCAGAGUGUCUCUGCUGCAUCCAGUUAUGAGGUCAAAGCCAUUUCUGCUGCGAGCCUCUGCUAGUCAGGCAGUGAAGGACUGAGAGGGAGAAGAGAGGAGAGCUAGACAAGAUGAAUUUAAAGUAUGUGUUAAUGCAGGUAGAUUACUCCAUUUGUUUAUACAAGUGUCAGUGCAGUAUUACAGACAUACACUGUCUAUAUAUUCUGUAUUUGUAUUUCAAUUUAUCUAGGGUCUUCACAUUUAUUUAUAUAAAAAAAAACUCAAAAGUGCUUUGCUCUGUCUUUCAGAUGAUAUGGAUUUGGUCCUAUCAUCUUUCUUUAUUUAAGUUAAAACUCCUUAGACUUUAAGUCUUCCUGUAAUGAUGAUAAUGGAAAUAGAAAUUGACAUUACAAUGCAUUUUGGCAUUCUUGAAAUUUGUUUUGUUGACCAGUGAUUUGCUUGUUAUAUUUAAGCUGUCACUUUUUUUUUUAAGGAACGAUAAAUCAAAACAGUAAAUUUGAUUUUGAUUAAUCAAAACAUCGAUUUUAUCUGAUGGACAAAAUGGUGCAGUUUGCGUCAUAUUUUGUUAUUGCUUAUCCUCAUUAUCACCCAGGUAAAAACCUGAUUAUUUAAACAUUUUAUUUUCUCUUGUACAAUGUACUACAUGACAUUCUCACUGAAUGAUUUGAGUCCUUUAUUGUACUUGAUGAGACAUUUUAUUAUACUUGAUAUGACAGCUUUCUACUUGAAUCAGUUUCAAUAAACAUAAAUUCCCUUGAGUAAAGCCAUCAGUAUUUAGACUCCUUAAAAUCAUGUUCAUGUGGUGCCUAAUUUCAGUGCAUUGAAAGAAUUGCCAAGUGACUUCAGAAUGCUGUCAAAAUGUUGCAGGGAAUAAUGUUUGGCAUGAUCAUUAAAUAAAUGUUAUUGUUUAACAUUAA